AUGGGAAAUCAGUGUACUUAAGAUAUAUAAUAAAACCCUGUAAGCAUAAAAAACACCCAAACUCGUAUCCGUUUUAAAUCAAUAUUGCUUACAAACGGUAUAAUAUACAAAGGAGAAUGGUACUAAGGAAAACGAGACGGAUAUGGAAUAUAAAGAUGGCCAAACGGUUCUUAAUAUGAAGGCCAAUGGAGUGAUGAUAAAGCAAACGGCAACGGUAAAUUAAUACAUGCAGAUGGAGAUGUAUAUGAGGGUGAAUGGAAAGAUGGAAAAGCGAAUGGAAAAGGGACAUACUUGCAUGUUAAUGGGGCGAAAUAUGUAGGAUAUUGGAAAGAUGAUAAAUAGCAUGGAAAAGGGGUUGAAUAUUGGCCUGAUUCUUCUAUAUAUGAAGGAGAAUAUUUAGACGGGUAAAAAAAUGGAAAUGGUGUUCUUAUUUUUGCCGAUAAAUCUGAAUAUAGAGGAGAAUUCGAAAAUAAUUUUAUUUAAGGUUACGGAGAGUAUAAAUGGACUGAUGGAAGGAUUUAUAAAGGAUAUUGGAUAUAAAAUAAAAUGAAUAAAAGGGGGGUUAUUUAGUGGCCGGAUGGAAAAACUUAUGAUGGGGAAUAUAAAGAUGAUAAAAAGCAUGGAAAAGGGGUCUUUUAUUGGAAAGAUGGAAAAAAAUAUGCGGGAUUCUGGAAUGAGGGAAAAUAAGAUGGAAUUGGAAUUUAAAUAUUAAGUGAUGGAAAAAAAAUUAUUGGCGAAUGGAAAGAUGGGAAAAAAAUUAAAAAUUUAAUUGAGGAUUAAUUAGGUGAAAAUAAAGAAAUAGUCGAAGAAUUAUAAAAAUUAUUUUGA